CACACACACACACUAGGUACUACAUUGCAGUCAUCUAUUUACCCACUGCUAUUUUUGUCAUCAGAUAAAUAAGGCUGUAAUAAUGUAUUUUCUCAUGCGAUCAGCUGAGUUAUGGCUCCUCCCAUCCGAACAGUGAAUCUCACCGGAGUUCAUGAACACGGAACACAGCGCAGCAGACAUGGCUAUGCUCAAAACAGACCCUCAAACUGAUGUGAUCGAUGCAGAAUAUGAGGACUACGUCUGCCCCGUGUGUUUGGAGAUAUUUAUCUCUCCGAUGACCACAGACUGCGGACAUACAUUCUGUGAAAGCUGUCUUAAGGAGUGCUUGCGGCCUCAGAAACCUGUCUGUGCGGUCUGCAGGUCUGAUCUGCACAACUGGAAUAAAGCAGAUAAUGUACAAGAUGUGAUGAAAAGAUCAAUCGGAAAGUGCAAAGGCUGUAAAAAUGAGGUUCUUUUGUCUGACAUGCGAAACCACAUAGUGGCUUGCUCUAAAUAUCAAGACUUUAUCAAGGAAGGUAUGAAGGCCCUUUCAAAGAACCAGCCUUCCAUUGACAGUUCAGUGCCGAACCGUUAUACGUUUACCUGUCCCUUCUGUAACAAACAGAACUUUGACCAGGAUGGUCUGGUGGAGCACUGCACCUCAAAGCAUGCACACGACCCACGUCCAGUGGUGUGUCCGAUAUGUGCCUCGAUGCCCUGGGGCGACCCUAAUUACAGGAGCGCUGACUUCUUUCAACACCUCAGAAUAAGACAUGCAUUUUCCUAUGACACUUUUGUGGAUUAUGCUACAGAUGAGCAAGCCAUGAUCCAGGAAGCUCUACAGCGCUCUCUCUCGGAAAACUGAUGUGAGGGACACAUGGGUCCCCAGCUGAACUUAAAACAACCAAAAAUCAAUGCUUACGAAAGAUGAACAAACUAUAUUGGGAUUCAGGGCUAUUCUGAUAUAUUGUUCUGCCUAAUUUUGGUCAUGCCAAAGUUCCUAUUGGUGUAAUUUUGGUGAUUUGAACUGAGUCAUAUAUUCCAGUAUAUGCAUAUAUAAAAUAUUUCCAUAUACAUUAAUUCGUAGCUGUAAAAAUACAUAUUCUGCCCAUCUAUAAUUAAUUCAAAUUAUAUAACUGAUUUCUGUUUAUAGAGUAUAGUUUGCGUAGCAGAUUGUCAGAUUUUGUGACACUGGAACAGAACAGUCUGAUAUAUAAGCUUGUAAAAGAACUGUAAUAAGGCGAGUCUUGUCAGAUGCUUCUAGUGUAGAAAAUAUUGACAUUGAAUCAUGAGGUAAUUCUUUUGAUCUCGAGAGUGACAGCUGAUUCAGAAGUAGUUUAGAGGAAUCAAAGGCAUAAGCUUUUUCUGUCAUUGUGUUUUGUAUUAUUUUGUUCUUUUAAGAAGCCAUUAGAGGUGUGUUUCACUUUGAGAUUAGUGUGCUAUGUACUGAAAUGAGUUUGCUCAAACCAGUAGGGGGCAGUAUUGUAUCAUUAGUCCACCAUAUUGUUUAUCCUCUCUGUACUCCCUGACCUAAGCAGUGCUCACUAAGUGUAGUGCAGCUACUGGCACGUCCAUGGCUUGAUCUGACUUAUCAAGAGGUAUGUACUGAUAGGUUCUGCCCUUAAAGGGAUAGUUCAACUAAAAAUUUAAAUCCUGUCAGAAAAAGAUAUGCACCUUGUUGUUUUAGACACUGACUUUCAUUAUAUAGAUAAAAACAGUGCAAAAUAUCUUCUUCUGUGUUUCACAUGAGAAAGAAUCAUUCAGGUUCAGAAUGACACAAGGGUGAGUAGAUGAUGAGAGAAGUUACUUUUUUUUUUUUUUUUUAAUAUAGCGUAUAUAGCAGUCAAACAGUACACGGCAGUUUUAUGAUAUGGUAAAAUUAGUCCGUUUAAUUGGCAUUAGAUUGAAAUCCUGCAAUCUACUGAACAAAGUGUAAUGAUGAAGUCAAACUUGUGUUGCAUGCUAUUUGACACAGAUUUUACCACUGUGAAGAUAAAUUAUAUCCUGUGCCUAUUUCAUUCAUAUGCUGUUAUUAUUAGUGCUUAAUAGUACUGAUUCAUUGGCCUGUAUGUUCUUUGGGUGAAUUGGUUAUGUAUAGUUAAUAAUAAACCUUUUCUCAAAAGCC